GGCGGGCGGCGCGGCACUUCCUGCGGGCCGCAGGGCGAGGCGAGGAGCGGCGCGGCCGUGUGCGAGGCCGGGCCCCAGGCGCGCAGCAGCCGGCUCCUCUCGGCCGGCGCCAUGGGCCAGAGCGAUAUCAUGAGCACCGCCGAGGACUUCGCGGACCAGUUCCUGAGGGUGACGAAGCAGUACCUCCCCCAUGUGGCCCGCCUGUGCCUGAUCAGCACGUUCCUGGAGGACGGCAUCCGCAUGUGGUUCCAGUGGAGUGAACAGAGGGAUUACAUUGAUGGCACGUGGAACUGCGGCUAUUUCCUGGCCUCCGUCUUUGUGUUCAUAAAUCUCUUCGGACAGCUGAGUGGCUGUAUCCUGGUACUGAGUAGGAACUUUGUGCAAUAUGCCUGCUUUGGACUGUUUGGAAUUAUAGCAUUACAGACUAUUGCAUACAGCAUUCUAUGGGACCUGAAGUUUUUGAUGAGGAACCUUGCCCUUGGGGGAGGUUUGCUGCUGCUUUUGGCUGAGUCACGCUCAGAGGGAAAGAGCAUGUUUGCUGGUGUCCCUACCAUGCGGGAAAGCUCUCCUAAACAGUACAUGCAGCUGGGAGGCCGUGUGCUACUGGUCCUCAUGUUCAUGACACUGCUACAUUUUGAUAUGAACUUUUUUUCUAUUCUGCAGAACAUUGUGGGCACAGCCCUGAUUAUCUUAGUGGCAAUUGGCUUCAAGACUAAGCUGGCUGCCUUGACUCUAGUAAUCUGGCUGUUUGGCAUCAACAUUUACUUCAAUGCCUUCUGGACCAUCCCAGCUUACAAGCCGAUGCAUGACUUCCUCAAAUAUGAUUUCUUCCAGACCAUGUCUGUAAUUGGGGGGCUCCUCCUUGUGGUUGCACUGGGUCCUGGUGGAGUCUCCAUGGAUGAGAAGAAGAAAGAGUGGUAACAGGAGUAGCAACACUUCUUGGGACAUAACAUAUAAAGUCCAGAACUGAUUCUCUAUGGAUUCAACAAAAACUGCCAGCAUUUUACAUGUACAUGCCCCCUUCCUAUUAAAGGCACAGAUGUUCUGAGAAUUUAAUUUACUGUGGCACCAGUAAUCUGAUAGAUAAAAUCCUACUUCUUCAAGGAAUGUUGCCUAGGCUUAUUGUUCUAACUUCCUAGAUUUGGAACUAACCCAAGGAACCUGCAUUUUACUGAUGCUUCAGUGAAGAGCAGUAGAACCGUUGCUGUCUCUAAUAUCAGCAACAUUUUAAUUUGAAGUACUGUGAGCAGAUACAGCUGUUUCAUUCAGUGUGCUGUUGGGUUUUAGCUGUAACUAAAAAAGUAGAUCCCCUUUCUCACCCUCCUCAGAACUGUCUUGUGUACAAGGAGUUCAGUUGCUGGAUACAGCAUUGAUUGUCUGAGUGGAAAGCAGCAUCAAGAGAACUUGCUGUUUAUAGAUCUAUAUAAUUGUAGGGUUUUUUGGUGGUUUUUUUUUUUUUGGACAAAAUAGUAUUAUAGGCUUCUGAGGAAGAGGGAGGCCUUUUCACCCAAGUAGAAGGGAGAGAGAGAAGAUCCUGAAGGUGGCUGUAACCUCCUCUAGCUGAGAAAAGGGAGAGGGUUUUCUAAUGUUAAGUGUCACAGUAUUGUUCUUGAGGGGAACAAGGGGGAAUUCUGUAUUGCUCAUCAAAUUUCAGGGAGGGAGGGAGGAGAAACUCCUGAAAAGACUGAAUAUUAGAUUCUAAUAAAAGUCUGUGCCAAAAUAACUAUUCAACACUGUCCCCAGAGUUUUCUCCUCCUAAAUUUCCAAGAUGGGAGCCAAGUUGUGCUGCCAUUCCUACAAUAAAUGGUUCUUUCUGCUAUCAACCAGCUUCCAUUUGUGUAUGCCCCAGAUCAGGAUCUGAACAACAGGUUGUUACUGGUGAAGGUGUCUUAAGAACUAUGGGAAACUCUCAUUUCAUUUUUCUUGCACUCAAUACAUGCAAGUUGAGAGCUGUGAGCCUUCUAAUAUGCAAUACUCGUUGCUUUCCAGCCUCACUUCUGUUAUCUCUCAGCUGCAAAAGCUUAAGCUGACUGAACAGCAGAAGAGUUGGAGUGCUGAACUCCUGAGCACAAGCCUUUUCUCUCUGAUGUUUUGGAUCACACUAAGGUGUAUAGAGGAAGGAAGACAGCUAAUGGUUAUAGCUGAAGAACACAAGUGCAAAACCUGUGCAGUGAACAAGCAAGCAGGAGAUGCAACUUGCAUGUUCAGAGGGAGGAACUCUUUGGCUUAAUGCUGAAGAGAGAUGAAGGCCCCAUUUCCACCUCUCAGUGCUACAACCUCUGUGCCAUGAACAUGCUUAGUGCUGCUAGGGGGAGGGAUUUUUUUGUCCUCUGCUAGUAAACCUAGGUAAGCCUGUUUUACUAGAUCAUGAAAGCAUUUUAGAUUCUAGAACGCAUGAGCCCUACCAACUUGCUAAUGUUACAUUGGAUUUCUUGCACUGUUGUCUCCUUUGAGAAGGCUGCUCAACUCUUUGUUCAAGGAGUCAUUCAGCUGAACACCUCCAGCAAGAAUUAUUGACCAGGGUUGUCUGAUAAGGACACUAACUUGGACAAUUCAGCUUACCAGUGAUUUUUAGGCUAGAUACUGAGAAUGGAUGACAAACAGAGAACAUUUCCAAUGGUUAUACCAGUGAUUUCAUCAUCUAAAGGGGAAAAUAGCCUGUGUAAUAGCAUGAUGUGCUGCUGCUGAAGAAAGCUUACUUUUUUGGGGGGGGGAGUAGAUCAGAUGGGAAAAUAGUAUUUAAGUAAGUCACAGAGAAGGCUUUUUCUUCCUUUAAAUUGGUUUUGCAGGAGAGAAGUUUUCACCUCAAGUGUUCUCAUUGUGCCUAUCUCUUCAUAGCAAAACAAACUGGUCCUUUCAACUCCUGAUAUGCAACACAAAAUCUCUUUGCUUUAUUUCACUGAGGUUCCUAUAAAUAGCUGUUUUCAACUAUAUCAAGGCAGCCCUUCUCACAUAUCUUAACUGCUGUUGAUUGUAUUUAUAAACUGAACAGUAGAAACAAGUUUUGUAAGGAGCCCCUGGUUAGCUGCUUUAAUUUUUUUUCUUUCAAUCAUGUCUAAGGAGCUGAAUGACUGACUGGUCUGAAACACUGACUAGUUUCCCCUCUGUGAAAAUGAAGUCCAGUAAAAGACACAUCAGUUCAGGUACCAGGAAAGGGAAGUGAUACUAUCCCUUGCAGCAGAAGUCUUAUAGUACAAUAGGGACCCCAUUAGGUGGAGGGCAUUUUAAAACACUUCUAGGCAGCACAAUAUCUAGACUUACUAACUGUGAGUCCUGAUGCAGAAGAGUGCAGUCUCCUCUAUACACUGCUGUAUUCAUUUACCUAUCUCCCCAAAAUACAUUGACCUCUCCUAGUGGCUGUGAAGCUCUCACAAGCAGGAUGUCAGCUAUCAAUUGGCUCUGCAAAGUAUUCUGGAAUUCAUUCUGAAUAUAUUUUUGCUUUCUAUGUGGAAAAAGAAAUAAGUAUAAAUUCUCAUUUUAUGCUGUAUUUUGUACCUUAGUUGUGUUUGAAAAUGUUUUGAUUUUUGGAAACAAUCAGAAUAAAAUAAUGGCAUCUUUGUAUCCA